AUGGUCACGGUGAUGCAAAAUUCGUCCGAGGACGAAAUCUUACCCUCGACGAGCCAGUUCGCUCAGCCCCCAACUGGCCAUGACGCGAUUCGCAAUCAUGUAAGAACACCUGAGCUCGCCGAGCAUGAUGCCCGCAGGCUACCGUCGAUUGCAUUGCCGCACGCCGAAAUCCUUCCUCAGACCCGUCAACAUGACUACCCAGAUACAGCUUCGAGGGCCAGGGCCUGGCAUGGGCUUCCGCAACCCAUUCAGUCAUCUCGGCGCAAAGGCAACGACGAGCCAUCAUACGAGAAAUCCUUCUCACCACCCGAUCCUGAUAGAGACGUUUCCAAGCAAGCACGUCCUGGGUUCCGCAAACUGUUGACAGACUACUGGAGCGAUCUAAAGGGUGACUACGGUGCAUCUGAAAGAAAUCUGGCACGCACCAAUUCUAUUGGUGACACUGGAAUCGACAUCCGGGCGCUCAGGAGACUUCAGAGGCGUGCAAGGAUUUCCAACCUCGUCGGUUCUUCUCUGUCGCUUUCAAGUCCCGCUUUGGGCCAAGGAGUCCCGACUGCUCAUUCCCGGUCCGGCUCAGAAAGUGGUUCCGAAACGUCAAACACACCGUGGAAACGCCAGGAACUCGGAUUCCAUUCAGGAGACGUGUCGCGAGCCUUGCACACGUUGAAGGACCAGAUAGGCCAUUCGAAGGAAACGAAAGAAGCUAAAUAUGUGCAAAUCAAGGGUGAAGUGGCCGUUCGGCGCUCUGUUGUGCUACGGUUGACAUACUGCUUCAUGCUUUACGGCGCCCCUUCGCAUCGCAUCGAGGACUAUGUGAUCAAUCUGUUCGAAGCUCUUGACCUCGACGGGCGUGUCAAUUAUAUUGUUGGCUGCACCGAAAUAUGCUUCAUCAAUGCUCUUCACCCCUCCGAUCCCACGACUCGGUAUUCGUAUACCACCCUUGUCAAAGCUCAAGGCCUGGACGUCGGCCGCCUGGGGCUCUCUUUCCGACUUUAUAAGGACCUUAUUCACGGCGAGAUUUCCCUGGAGGAAGCCGAGACGAAGCUGGUCGACCUGAUAGACUCACCACCUUUUUACAAACCGUGGUUCCUGGUCCCGCUGUACGGUGUUGCGAGCGCACUACUCAGCGUCUGGGCUUUCAAGGGGUACUGGACCGACAUGUCAGCGGCAUUUGCCCUAGGAAGCCUUGUUGGAGUUCUGCAGAUUGUCGUCACAAGUCGAAACCCCUUGUACACGAAUGUCCUUGAGGUCACAGCCGCAGUCAUCACAUCCUUCGGUGCUCGAGCUUUUGCCUCGAUUGGCGGUUCGGAUCAGAGAUACUUUUGCUUCGCAGCAAUUGCAGAGAGUUCAAUCGCCACCUUAUUGCCAGGAUAUAUUGUCUUAUGUGGUGCAUUGGAGUUGCAGUCAAAGUCAGUCACAGCCGGGUCAACGAGGCUGUUCUAUGCCGUCAUUUACUCCCUGUUCCUAGGCUAUGGCAUCAACGUCGGCUCGCAACUGUGGGCUGUUAUAUACCCAAAUGCUCCUACGUCAGCCAUCUGUCCACGCGGGGUUGACCCGCGCUGGAAAAUUGUGCUUGUUCCUACCUACCUUGUGGUUCAAGCCAUGUUGAUUCGAAGCAGACCAAUUCAGAUCCCUCUUCAGGUCUUGUUCGGCUCCGCUGCUUAUACGGUAGACUAUUUUGUCAGCCAACGUGCAACCGCACAAAUCGCAGACACUGCGUCUGCGUUCACCCUAGGGGUCUUGGGACAUUUGUAUUCUCGUUCCCGGCACGGAUUCGCGUUCGCAUCCAUCAUCGCUGGUAUCAUGGUUCUUGUGCCUGGUGGAAUCGCGGCGCAAGGCGGCCUCAUCUCUGGAAUUACGGUCCCACUGUUCAGCAACGAAACAGUCAACGCACAGCAAAUUUAUGCGGACAAUCAAUAUCAGUCAUUCAGUGUUGGCGCCCAAAUGAUCCAAGUCGCCGUUGGGCUUUCAGUGGGCCUCUUGAUCAGCGCUCUCGCAAUUUAUCCUCUAGGUCGAAAGAACAACGCCUUAUUUUCAUUCUAA